AUGGAGGAUGUGACGCCAGGCAGCAGCAGCAGCAGCAGGAACAGCUGGGAGCAGCAGGCGACCCCAGGCGUGAGGACCUACACUUGUGACCACUGCGACAAAGUGUGCUCCACCAAGGCUGCCAUUGCCAGACACGUCCUCUCCCAUGCCGGCAAGACAAGGCUGAGAGGCAGGACUGGCCCCACUGAACACACUGCCACCCACACUGGCGGCAGGAACCACAAGUGUGACCACUGCGGGAAGACAUUUGCCCGGAAGAGUCAUCUUGCAUCACACAUCCUCACCCACACUGGGGAGAGAAAGUUCCAGUGUCUGGAGUGUGGGAAAAGAUUCACCCAGAAAGGUGAUCUUAACAAACACAUCCUCACCCACACUGGGGAGAGAAAGUUCCAGUGCCUGGAGUGUGGGAAAAGAUUUACCCAGAAGGGUUCCCUUGACACACACAUCCUCACCCACACUGGGGAGAGAAAGUUCCAGUGCCUGGAGUGUGGAAAAAGAUUUAUUCAUAAAGGUAAUCUUAACAAACACAUCCUCACCCACACUGGGGAGAGAAAGUUCCAGUGCAUGGAGUGUGGGAAAAGAUUUAUUCAUAAAUGUGCUCUUGACAAACACAUCCUCACCCACACUGGGGAGAGAAAGUUCCAGUGCCUGGAGUGUGGGAAAAGAUUUACCUGGAAGCGCUCUCUUGACUUACACAUCCUCACCCACACUGGGGAGAGAAAGUUCCAGUGCCUGGAGUGUGGGAAAAGAUUUACCCAGAAAGGUACAAACAGCCGCGGCGAAGGGAACAGUCGCCGUCCUGAAGAGAGCCCUCGGAUACACUGGUAA